AUGUUUCUUUUGUCAAUUUUAUUCAUCAAAAUUCAAGCAGAGAACUGUUAUGCAGUCGCUACAGGAGGGCGAGAAGCAGGGCAUUAUUCAAACGCAACUCAGAUAGUCGACUUUGCCCGGAACUCACAUGUGGUCAAGAAGGGCGGCGACUUGCCUGAGGCGCGUGCUGGCCAUACGAUCGUUGCGGCAGAUGGAAGUGGUGGAAAAGUUGCAUUUGUUCUAGGCGGUCGGUCGGUCGGACAAACCCGGACAGACAUCUUCUGUCUUGGAACGAAUUAUGAGUGGUCAACUUGCGGUGAACUUGUCGAUGCACGCGAAGGUCACGUGUCUAUUAAUUAUGGGCGUUCUAUCUUUUCCUGUGGAGGUCAGCAUAACUCGAAAGUGCUGAGUUCUUGUGAGAAAUUUGACUUGGAUACUUUUGCUUCCCGGCCAAUUCUGACUACUUUGAGGAAAGGAAGAAGAUCUGGAGCUUCUGUCGUUUCUGGAUCAAAGGAAUAG